UUACUAUUGCUUGCAAUGUGACACUAAAAUAUAUACUCUCUCUCUCACACACACACACCACAUACACACACACCCCCAUGCACGCACACAGACACACACACGUUCACACAUACCUACACACACACACACAGAGCACUGGGGUAUCCAAAGUGGAAUACUAAAGGAGAUACAUAUAACAAAAAGCAACAAGAAGGGAAACCAAUCUUGCAAAACAAGGAACUAUUUUUUUAUAACUCUUAUUUCUUCUGAAACAUGUUUGGGUCUACCAUGGCACUGGAUUUUGUAGUGGUUUUCUGCUUGGCAUCUGCAAUUGCAGCAGUGGAAGAAACCUUGAUGGAUACCCGAACGGCUACAGCUGAGCUGGGCUGGACUGCAAACCCACCUUCAGGGUGGGAAGAAGUCAGUGGCUAUGAUGAGAACCUGAAUACCAUCCGCACUUACCAGGUGUGCAACGUCUUCGAACCCAAUCAGAACAACUGGCUCCUUACCACGUUCAUAAACAGACGGGGGGCUCACCGCAUCUACACCGAGAUGCGCUUCACUGUGCGGGACUGCAGCAGCCUUCCCAAUGUCCCUGGCUCCUGCAAGGAAACCUUCAACCUGUACUACUAUGAGAUGGACUCUAUCAUUGCCACCAAGAAGUCGGCCUUCUGGAUGGAGGCGCCCUACCUCAAAGUGGACACAAUUGCUGCUGAUGAGAGCUUCUCCCAGGUGGACUUUGGGGGCCGGUUGAUGAAGGUAAACACGGAGGUGAGGAGCUUCGGACCCCUCACCCGCAAUGGCUUUUACCUUGCCUUCCAGGACUAUGGGGCUUGCAUGUCACUGCUUUCGGUCAGGGUCUUCUUCAAGAAGUGUCCGAGCGUGGUGCAGAACUUCGCCAUCUUCCCAGAGACCAUGACUGGGGCUGAGAGCACCUCUCUGGUGAUUGCACGUGGCACCUGCAUUCCCAAUGCUGAGGAGGUGGACGUGCCCAUUAAGCUGUACUGCAAUGGCGAUGGGGAGUGGAUGGUUCCCAUCGGCCGCUGCACUUGCAAGGCCGGCUACGAGGCUGAGAACAAUGUGGCCUGCAAAGCUUGUCCAGCAGGGAUGUUUAAGGCCAACCAGGGUGUGGGGACCUGUGCCCAGUGUCCCACCAACAGUCGCUCUACAUCGGAGGCCUCUCCCAUCUGCACCUGCCGCAAUGGCUACUAUCGUGCUGAUUUUGACCCGCCAGAGGCUGCCUGCACCAGUGUCCCGUCAGGGCCCCGCAACGUUAUCUCCAUUGUCAAUGAGACGUCCAUUAUUCUAGAGUGGCACCCACCCCGGGAGACAGGCGGGCGUGAUGACGUGACCUACGACAUCGUCUGUAAGAAGUGCCGGCCUGACCGCCGCAGCUGCUCCCGCUGCGAUGACAAUGUGGAGUUUGUACCCAGACAACUGGGCCUGACAGAGACCCGGGUCUUCAUCAGCAGCCUCUGGGCCCACAUGCCGUACACCUUUGAGAUCCAGGCUGUUAAUGGUGUCUCUGGCAAGAGCCCCUUCCCCCCGCAGCAUGUGUCGGUGAACAUCACCACAAACCAAGCUGCUCCCUCCACAGUUCCCAUCAUGCACCAGGUAAGUGCCACCAUGAGGAGCAUCACGCUGUCGUGGCCUCAGCCAGAGCAGCCCAACGGCAUCAUCCUGGACUAUGAGAUCCGUUACUAUGAGAAGGUGAGCCGGAUCUGCCACCCCGAGAUCAGCAGCACUGUGGGCUCACGACCAGCCACCGACCACAAUGAGUACAAUUCAUCUAUGGCCAAGAGUCAGACCAACACAGCCAGGAUUGAGGGGCUGAGGCCAGGCAUGGUGUAUGUGGUGCAGGUGCGAGCCCGGACAGUGGCUGGCUAUGGGAAAUACAGCGGGAAAAUGUGCUUCCAAACACUGACAGAUGAUGACUACAAGUCGGAGCUGAGGGAGCAGUUGCCUUUGAUCGCAGGGUCUGCAGCAGCCGGUGUGGUCUUCAUUGUCUCGCUGGUGGCCAUUUCAAUCGUCUGCAGCAGGAAGCGGGCUUACAGCAAAGAGGCCGUGUAUAGUGAUAAAUUACAACACUACAGCACUGGCCGAGGCUCUCCAGGGAUGAAGAUCUACAUUGACCCCUUCACUUAUGAGGACCCCAACGAGGCUGUCCGUGAGUUUGCCAAGGAGAUUGAUGUCUCCUUCGUGAAGAUUGAAGAAGUCAUUGGAGCAGGGGAGUUUGGAGAAGUGUAUAAAGGACGUCUGAAACUGCCGAGCAAGAGGGAAAUCUAUGUGGCCAUUAAGACAUUAAAGGCUGGCUACUCUGAGAAGCAGCGUAGGGACUUCCUGAGUGAGGCCAGCAUCAUGGGACAGUUUGACCACCCAAAUAUCAUUCGGCUGGAAGGAGUGGUGACCAAAAGCCGGCCAGUCAUGAUCAUCACAGAGUUUAUGGAGAAUGGAGCUCUGGACUCCUUUCUGAGGCAAAACGAUGGGCAGUUCACAGUCAUCCAACUGGUGGGGAUGCUCAGGGGAAUUGCUUCGGGAAUGAAGUACCUUGCGGAGAUGAACUACGUGCACCGGGACCUUGCUGCCAGAAACAUCCUGGUCAAUAGUAACUUGGUGUGCAAAGUGUCUGACUUUGGCCUCUCACGCUAUCUGCAAGAUGAUACCUCUGACCCAACCUAUACCAGCUCCUUGGGUGGGAAGAUCCCGGUGAGGUGGACAGCCCCCGAGGCCAUUGCCUACCGCAAGUUCACCUCUGCAAGUGAUGUCUGGAGUUACGGCAUUGUCAUGUGGGAAGUGAUGUCCUUUGGAGAGAGGCCGUACUGGGACAUGUCCAACCAAGAUGUAAUCAAUGCAAUUGAGCAAGAUUACCGUCUUCCCCCUCCUAUGGACUGCCCAGCUGCGCUGCACCAGCUCAUGCUAGACUGCUGGCAGAAAGACCGCAACACCCGCCCUCGCUUCACUGAGAUAGUCAACACCCUAGAUAAAAUGAUCCGCAACCCGGCAAGCCUCAAAACUGUGGCUACCAUCACCGCUGUGCCUUCUCAGCCACUGUUAGACCGCUCCAUCCCAGAUUUCACUGCCUUUACCUCAGUAGAAGAUUGGUUAAGCGCCAUUAAAAUGAGCCAGUACAGAGACAACUUCCUGACUGCUGGCUUCACCUCCCUCCAGCUUGUUGCCCAGAUGACCUCAGAAGAUCUCCUGAGAAUAGGGGUGACUUUGGCCGGACACCAGAAGAAGAUUCUGAACAGUGUCCAGUCUAUGAGAGUACAGAUGAGUCAGUCUCCAACCUCGAUGGCAUGACGUCUCUCAUUUUAUGGGGAUGGGAAAGGGAGGGGAAGCAAUGAAGGGUCAGAAGUGGAAUGGGAGGAACAGACUGACAAAGCAGUGAAAAAUAUGGAAGAGUUGAAUUAUCGUCUGAGAACUGUAGCAGCUGCAGACAAAGAACACAUGGGACUCGUUUCUAACCGGCAGCUUCCGUUUCUCACUAACAGAAGCACAUUUACCAAUGCCAGGGGAAACAGCAUAUAAAUAAAUAUAAAUGUGUACAAAUCAUAUAUUUAAAAGACAAUGAAGACAAACCAAUGUGUGUUGGGAAAAAAAUAGACUCCAAUCCUACCACCAGUGAGCAGUAGUCAAAACUGAUAAGAAACAAGGGGCCAGUGGGGUGGGGAGAGGUGCAAGAAUUGAGUUUCCAACCCAGAGAAACCAUCUUCACAACGACAUUCCUUUUCUUUUCUUCUUUUGCUCCCCUCCCUGACCUUCUCUCCCACACCCCAUUCCCUUUCUACUUAUGAUCUAUGUGGAAGUGUCUUCAAAAGUAUCCACAGCUACCUACUGUAAUAUCAAGAUGUUGUUCUGUCAAGUACCAAAGGACUUCACUGACCACUGCAUGGGGGAUCCAAAUAAAUCCAGUUAAUGUCUUCAUAUUGAAGAAGAGAUGUACCUUCAAUAGAAAACCUUGUUUUUCUUUUGCUUGCACUUUUUUGCAAAAAGGAAAAAAAAAACAUAAUGGAAAAAGAAAAAGGUGUUCCCAUGUGCGCGCGCACACAUUUGUAUGUGUACUUUGUCAACUUACUGUGGAUCCACUGCUUCUCCAUAACAGAGAAAACAAACCAACGCAAGUGGAAUGGACGGUAAAUUCAUAACCUCCAGUGGAACUGCUGGUGUGGGGGAAGGGACCAGUGACUGGCUUUGCUUUCUGUCUGGAUCAAUUGCACCUGGAAUGUUUAAAGAGAAAUAAGAAAAAAAUAAAGCAAACCCAACUCUCAAUGUUUUUGCAAACUUGGAGGAAGAAGCAAAGGAACAGUCAGGUUGGAUACUGCACGGGUUUCAUAUGGGAUUAUUAUGAGAUGCACAGUGUUUGUUACGGGAUUGUUGACUGCAGAGGCAACAGGAAAAGAAGAUGGAGAGAGACACUCUGGAAAAUAGACCGGUUAGUCCUCCAGCAUCUCUGUGAUCUGCAAAAGAUGGCUAUGGAGAACUUUUUUUUCCAUCAUGUGGACCUAAAGAUUUUGCUAUUAAAUUACUCACUUAGGUUUCAUGGCUUCAGAGGUAGGUCCAUAUGUUUUGCGUGCCUCUGUGUCCAUUUAUCCUUCCCUAUUAUAUCUUUUUGCUCACUUCACUGGGGCAUCUCCACUGAAUGUUUUCCAGUGUUUGAUUUGUUGUUCAUCUGUCAGUCUCUUUGCAAAUUUGAUCUGUCUAGUUAAAAUUACUAGAAGUAUGUCAGUGUUUACAUAAAACGUUGCAAGAAUGGACAGUCUAGCCUCUCUCUGGAAUAUGUGAAGAGUUUAUAAAAAGAAUGAACUCUUAGUAAGGACUUUACUUAGCUCAUUCUGUGUGAUUUAUCAUGCUCCAUUACCACAUUAUUACAGAAAUCACAGUUGUCAACAAAGUGUAUUCAUGGUAUAGGGAAUAGAUUUCAUGGCCCACUCUUCCAAACUCAGAGGUCUGAUCAGUCGUUUGAAGGAGCCUGCCUAGCGUCCGACCAGAAUUAGCUGAGUUGCUGCCAAGCCUGGCAUAUGAGUGCCUAAGAUUCAUCUCUUUAAGGAAUUUCAGUGGCUCAGUAUCUCACAUCUAUGAUUUGAUGGCUCACUAGUUCACAUCCAUCAUUGUGACCAUGCAGAGAUGUGAUGAUCUGGGGAAAAAACAGAAACUUUUGGAAAAAACAGAUUUUUUUCCAUUUUUUUCUGAGACCCAGUAUGGAAAAAUUAACAGUUUGGGGAACCAUUUAAAAGAAACUGUUACAUGAAAUAUUUUCUCUCAAUAUGAAUAGUGAAAGAAGAAGGAAAGAAGGAAAAACUUGAGCUGUGCUAGCAUUUCCAAGAGUACAUUAGUAACUGUUUAAGUUAUACUGGUUCAGAGGAUGGCUAGGUUUGUCCACAAUUACAGCACUUACUGUAUAUAUAAUGAUAAUGCACUGUUAAAGAGUAUAGUAACUCCGCCACCAGAAAGUUUGAUACAUAGCUGAAUUUACUGUUGGUCCUUAAUAUUCUUCUCUGUUAAUUACAUUAUAGGGACAUUCAUUUUCCAAGCUUUUUCUCUAGAAACAUGAGUUUCUUCUGUUCCUGCACAAUAAUGACGGGUCAGGUCUAUAUACGUACUAUGUCUGAGCCCAAAGGAUAUAACCUCCCAUUAUGUUUAUAAUAGUAUUAAUGUUUUCUAUUUUCAACAAUAGGCAAAAAAUACACCUAAGUACCUUAGUGUGCAGUUGCAGCUCCCUCCCUAAUACUAGGUGUAUUCAUCAUUAUUCUCUGAAUCAAAACUAAAGAAUUUAUACUUAGUUCAUAAAUAUGCCAACAGUACUUUUUAUGUGCUAACUAAAUUAUACACAUUACAUUUCUCAUUCUUAAAGAAGCAAAUAAAGUUUCAUUUUGAUAAGCAUGUAA